GAUUUCUUGAUCAAGUCUUCUUAUUGGACUGUAUGCUAUACAUUUAUAGCAUAAUUCGCAUGAGCAAAACGAAAAUGCAUCAAAUUCCACAAGUCACACAAUGAACACGUUUUAGGUGACAGUCACGCUAGAUGCGGGACCAAGGACUCAGCGCCCGUUUCUUAGUGUAAUCUUCUUCAGAGAAACACCGAGGAAAUCUAAAGAAAUGGGGUUUAUCUUUGUGUUCUUUGCGCUUCUAGUUAGCGCUGAAGUCCUCGUACAACUACCUCAAGCAUCAAGUAUCCUUAUUUCUGAAAAUAGGAAAAACCUCAUAGAGAAUCAGCGAGCAUCAGCAUUCUGUAAUACAUCCGGAUUCCCAAAUGCAAAUGUUACGUGGUUCAAGGACAGCCAACCUAAUGUAGUAGUGUCAUCCAAUCCUACUCUAAUAUUCAAGAGCAUCUUGAGAUCGAAUGGCGGGCGUUAYAUAUGUAACGCAAGUAACGGAAGUGUUUCCUUGAAUGAUAGCAUUUUCUUCAAUGUCAUGUAUCCUCCAGAAAUUGUAAUGAUCUCUGAUAACAGAAUAGCCUUGGAAAAUUCGUCAGUAACUUUGCGAUGCAUUGCCACAGGGAACCCAAUACCAAAAAUUAGGUUUUCGAAGGAAGGAAAAUCAGUCCCCCCUACCAAACAGACCAAGGUUAUAAUCGAGCUCCCUCGUAUACAAAGGACUGACUCUGGAACAUACAGAUGUAGUGCGUCAAACGGGAUCGGUAACAGCAUAGAAAAGGCAUUUACUCUUGAUGUACAAUACCCGCCUAAUAUUUUCUAUAUGCCGCCCAAAGUGAAAGAUUCUUGGUUACAUGAUAAUGUGACACUUGUCUGUGACGCGUCGGGAAAUCCUACACCAACGUAUACAUGGCGUCCACCUCGUGCAGAUCCUAUUCAUUCAAACGUUAUUAGUUUUGUCGUAACAAAUGAAUCCCAGUUUGGUGUUUACUAUUGUGUCGUGCAGAACAUUCGUGGAGGGGAUUCGUACUCAUUGACACUGAAUCGUACUCGUUUUCCUCCCGAUCCACCAAUCAUUGCCAACAACGUAACUACUGUCACGUCACGCAAUUUCACUUUAAAAUGGACCAGGCCAAACGAACAUAACAGUAACAUCACUCGAUAUUUGGUGAUGAGGACGAGGUUUUUUAACAACGGCUCGAUGGAUAAGAUGGAGUACUUCAGCCAUGAUACCCUGCUCCAUCUCAACAUGUCAUUUUUUCUCGACUGGGGAACGAGCUACCGGUUUGCUGUGUCUGCUGAAAACAGACAGGGAGACAGUGGUGCUGGGCCUCCCACAAACAUCACAGUUAUUGCUGGUAGGAAUAUAGAUAGAGCGGAUUAUAUUCCAUGGGAGGGUUGGGAAAUUCCAAGCCUGGAUAGCUAG